AUGUCCGUUGGACGAGGGAGCUCUGCACGUGGAAUUAGUAACCUGAAAAGGGGCCAGGUCUCGCUACCUAAUCUUUCCGUAGCUGGAAAGCGAGAAAUAAAGUGCGAACCUGUAGAGUCAAGAGGAUCACGUCGAACAGGAAGACGUGAACGACGGGGUUGUGGAGGUCGAGGUAGUCGUAAUCGAGAAACGCGGAAACCAAAUCUCAUCGAACAGCAGGGAAUAUUUUCGUGGGGUCUCAAUGAUGAUAGUCGACCCAAAGUAGUUCGCAGCACAAUAAAUGAACGUUGCUCAACUAGUGCUGGGAUUGUGAAGAAGAAAGAUCUAGAAGUGAUAAGAGAAAAAGAUACCAGAAAUGUAACAUGCGAAUCUGAAUGGCUAUCUGAUGACGAAGCUGAAGACGAGGACUUACGAAAACUGCUGAGAUAUCAAUUUUUGGCUGAUCUGAAACCAGGAAAAGUCAUUCCUUUGGUACUGCCAGAAUCGGAAGAAACACAGUUUCAACAGCAAAUUCCUGAAGAACAAGAGAGUUGUAGUAGUGAGUUGGCAAAUUUAAGUAACUCACCACCAGUAAAAAAAAGGAAAGAUAUUUAUCUCAAAUCGGAAUGUGAAGUUGUUGGCGUAAAUAAAGACGUUAAACCUGUCCAAAUUCCGCAGAAUCCCACUAGAACGAGCAGUUGUAGAGCGGCUGCGAUUAUGCGACAGAUUCAGCGAGAUCGGAAUGGUUCAUUGCUGAUAUUACAGUUACCGAGUACUCUGUCUGUUCUUAAGGAUUCUAGUCAGCAAGACUUGUCAGAAAAUCCGGAGUUCAGUGAAAAUGCUAAAUCAAUAACAAAACAUUGCCUUGAUGGCUUUACAAAUGGCAGUAAAAUUGGAAAACUGCGGAUUGAAGAAGGUUGCAUAGAGCUAUCACUGUGUGGAAUGCCUUUAGAUAUGACGUGUGGUGUAGCUACGCAAUAUAAUGAAUCUGUAUUGCUAAUAGAUUCUGAAAGUCAAAUAGGAACAUCGGCGGUCAAGAAGGAAUAUGGCACUGAACAAUUAUCAAGCAGAGGAUAUAUUCUUGGUAGAAUUGUAGAUUCUUUCGUAUGUUCUCAUAAUCUUCCAGAAGCUCUUGAUGGAAACAGACAAUGCAACGACGACAAACCCAUUAAAGACAUUGGGAUUGAAAAAGAUGACAGUCAAGAUAUGGAGAUGAAAGACUUGCUUUGGGAACUGCGUUCUAUAGAAAGGAGAGAGGAGUCCUGGUCAGAAUGGACCUCAGAAUAUUCAGAUUUUUGGAACUAUGAUUCAUAA